AUGACGGACGUUCCGAACCCCGCUAGCCAGGGUGAGGAUGUCCGCCCGGUAGAUCGUACACCGACCAGUAACCCCUCGUCGACUUUGCCGCUGCUUUACGAUCUCGACGCCCUGGCCCAGAUCCUGCAGGGAGAGUUCACCAAGGACGUUCCGCCCGCGCCCAUAGGGGAGUUCACGAAACCACGCAAAACGUCAACGCCGACGGAUGCAGGGGAGGCCGGGCCGUCGUCUGUGCCGGACGGAUCGGGCGACCAGGAUGAGGAAGAUUAUUCAUCGACGAGCGACGAGGACGAAAAAGACGACCCGCGGCCCCGACGUGGUGCAGGUCCACGCACAUUGGAAGAAAAUCUCAGGGGGGAACGUGCGUUCAUAGAGGAACUGUUGGACGAGGACGAGCUUGAGGAUCUGUUGAACACGUCGGUCCUUCGAGAAAUGUGGAAGGCGGCCGACUUCGUAGAGGAAGAUAUGGUGUACGCGUGCGUCGACGUGCUCGUGAUGGAGGCAAUGCGCCACCUGAAAACCAUAGAGGCCAAGAGCACGCUCAAGUCCUACACCUCAUGGAUAUACGACUACAAAAGGUGGGCGGCGAAGAUGCUUAAAAAAAAAGGCGACAAACUGCCGACAGCAGAACAAACGAGGCACGUCGACAAGAUAGGGCACUGGACACACAACAACAAGAGCAAGGAUUGGGACAACGAGAAGGUGGUCAAGCGGAAGCACAUAUGGCUGCACGGCCCCGGGGUCACUAUUACACGGCUGCGCGCCUACAUCAAGUUCAUGAGGCGGGAGUACAAGAUCGACGCCGAAACAAACGCGCCAGUGCAAGCCUACACGGUACACAUGAUCCUCGGCCGCAUCAAGGCCUGCCAGAUGGCGGCGAGGGUGGAGGCGACGCUCUACAAGGAGAAGGAGUUGGGCAUCAUGCGGGAAAUCUUGGUGGUCCGGUUGGAGGUGCGGGUCAUGGUCCGCACGAAAAAUCAGAGGGACAUCAACACCUCGUCGGUGAACCCGGAUAACCAGCCGGUCGUCAUGGUGGUCGCCGCGUGGAACUUGAAGACGUCGAAGGAUGCGCGUCUUCAACAGAGCUACGCGGCGCGGCACCUCGAAGCGGAGUUGUGCGCCGUCGGCGAGACCGGGCUGUGGUUACACUUCGUCCUCGACCAGAUCGGCCAGUUUCACGGCAUCGACCUCAUUCCGCAGGUCAACACCAGCACACGGGAGCUCUGGUACAAGAAGCACCUGUUCUUCGCCCGCAACGACCCCGAGCAGGGCGAACUCUUAGCUCCCAGCCACCAGCGAUGGACGAGGCAGAUGUGGAAGACGAGCGGGGUGUUCUGCAAGCGGAACGUCCAUGCCGCUCGGGCAUGCGGGGCGCAGGAGUUGGCCAUCCACGGUACGCCUCGCGCCGAGAUAGCCGAGCUGGGUCACUGGGCUCUUGACAAGAUGACUCGAGCCUACAUCACAGCCAUUCCCAUCGACGUGGUGAUGAAGAAUGUCAGAACAUUAUAG